AUGGGUCGAAGAUCUGGUCGCGCCGCCGCUAGACGCGCAUCGGCUGCCCUUCAGAGUACACCACGCGCAUUUGAGGGCAUCGAGGAUGAUGAGCCCAUGCCUGAUAUUCCUGAUGAGCCAGCAUCCGAACCCGAUGAGCCUCCCGAACCCGAGGCCGACGAUGACGACGACGACGAGCAGGAGAAGGCAGACGAUUCGAAUAACGAUGACGCCGACCAGGAAGAAGCGGCCGGCGAACCGGACGCUGAAGACACAGAAGCCUCUGUCAAGGAACCCACACCGCCGCCCGUGGCCACCGUCCGCCGCAAGCGUCUCGGCCGUCCGCCGAAGAACCGCCCACCCGACUGGGACCCCAUGAUCACGGUGCCCGCCUCCGAGGCCGACACGCCUCGUCGUCGCGGUCGUGGCGGCUGGCGCGGACGCGGCGGUCGCAAGCCCGGUCCUGGCCAGGCGCCGCUGAAGCUGCGCCAGGCCAUCGACAAGGAGGGCACCGAGGUCGACAUUGUCAACGACGAGUGCGUCCUGCCCGAGGACCCCGACGGCGAGACAAAGGUCGACAAGUCGGGCAACCUGCUCGGCGACCGCGAGUACCGCUGCCGCACCUUUACCGUCCUCGGACGCGGCAACCGCCUCUACAUGUUGUCAACCGAACCCGCCCGUUGCGUCGGCUUCCGCGACUCGUACCUCUUCUUCACCAAGCACCUCAAGUUGCACAAGAUUAUCGUCGACGACGAGGAGAAGCGCGACAUGAUUGAUCGCGAGAUCAUCCCGCACUCGUACAAGGGCCGGUCGAUAGGAAUCGUUACUGCCCGUUCCGUCUUCCGCGAAUUUGGUGCGCGCAUCGUCGUCGGUGGCCGCCGCGUCCUCGACGACUACCGCGUCGCCGACGCCCGAGAGGAGGAGGGCGUCACCGAGGGCGACCUCGCCGACCCCAACGACAUGUACAAUCCCGCCGAGCCGUACAACAAGAACCAGUACGUCGCCUGGCACGGCGCCAGCUCCGUCUACCACCAAAACGCCCCGACGGCAGCCGACCCCAUCGUCGGCAAGGUCGAGGUCAAGAAGCGCCGCGUCAACGUCAACAACACCAACUGGAUGCUCGAGCACGCGCGCGAAGCCAGCACCUUCAACACAUCAAUCAACGCCAUCCGCCGCUACCAGAACCGCGGCAUCUACGACGUGCACACAAACAUGAUGCAGUACCCCUCGAUCAUGCAGCCGACCCACACGCGCAUCGAGCAGGUGGCCCCCGAAGACGAGCCCGCGCCGACGCCCGUCUUCCCGCGCCUGCCCCCCGCCGUCGCCCGCAACGCCCAGGUCCUCGACAUUUACUACGAGUCGGCCCCCGCCGGCAUGGCCCCCUCGUCCUCGUCCAAGCAGCGGCCCGCCGCCGACUUUCUUGCCCCCUUUGACGGCCUGUGCGGCGUCUCGGACGACAUCAAGGACCUGCUGCCGCCCGCGUGCCGCGCCGCCUUUGACCGCGCCGCCCAGCGCGAGGUCGACUGGGCCGCACGCUGGGGCAACGAGACGGACGUAUGCGCACGCGGCGAGCCCAUCAUCGAUCGCGCCGUCGUCCCCUUCCGGUAG